UUCUCUCUCUCCACUUCCGGUUUGGUUUAGAGGGGACUCACGUGUUGUUGAGCAGAGAUUUGGGGAUGGAAAGGCAGCGAAUGGAGCAGAAAGGAGGCGGCGUGUUUCCCGCGGUAUCCAGGGAUCUCCUUUCCGUAGGGAGCGGAGGAGGUAUUCAUGAGACUCUGUUGCUCAGUUCAAAUCAUGCUAAGAAAAAAGCCACAAGCUUACAAACAGUCAGACUACCAAGGAGCAAUGUUUUGGAUAGGGUUCAGUCCUUUCUGCCACAGAUGGCCAGUGCAAAUGACAAGCUAAGAAGACAAAUGGACAGCACGCCUGUUGAAAAGUUUGAUAUUGAACACCUGGAUCCUUCCACUGAAAAUGUCAUUGAAAUGAAUGUGGCUUUGGUUGAACUGAGUGGUUCUGAUACAGAGGAAGAGGAUUCAAUCUCAGAAGAGGAGUCUGAAUGUGAGAACAGCUCUGUCUGUGAUGAAGUGACUGUAGACAAUAUCAAGCUUCCAAAAUCAAAAGGAGAAGGCAGAAUAGAAAUAUUGGACAGUAAAAGUGAUGAAUAGAUCUACCAUAUCAGAUUGUGAUGUUCUCAAUUUCCUUUUGGAGAGCUAGUUUCUUUCCAGUUACACUAUUUGUGGACUAGCUUACUGUCUGCAUUUCACACUGCUGAAAGGCAUGAAGGAUUCCUUCAAUUCUUAGGAAUCAGUAAAGAGAUAAAUUAGGACAUUGGUGUUUCCUCUCAGGAGUCCAUCAUGGAGGGGAAAAUGGAGCAAACAUUUGAUGGGUGAAAGAAAAGAAAUACCACUGACAAGUUGGCUCAGGAUUCUCCAUAGUUUUUGCAUUUAUUUUUCCAGUUUGUAGCUUUUAGCUGUUUCAUUGAGACCAUUGGAAAUGUUUCUGUAAAACCAAGGAAGCACUCAUCAUUUGGACUGUACCCAUUCUUCAAGUGUCUUCUUCAGCCACUGCUUUGAGUAUUUGCAGAAAUCAGAGUUAUUGGUUUGAUAAGUGUCUCUUACAUGCAGGCCAAAAGCACUUCACUCUCCUUUGGAAUAAGUUGUAACUUAGGUGGGAAGUGGUUAGCACUGUAGAUGCCAGCCUACAACUCUUUUUACUCAUGACACCUGGCCAUGCUGAUGGGGGCUGAUAGGAGUUGAUGUCCCAAAACAUUGAACAAAGUGUAGACUGAGGGCUGCAUCCCAUCUCAUACUUUCCACAUGUAACCCCCUUGUUUUUGUUUAAUUUUUUUUCUGUCCUGUAGGCAUCUAGGAAUAGUUUUUUGCAUAUGUGUAUGUGCUCAAACCCCCCCACCCAUUAAAACUGGGCAGCACCCAACUACUUCUUUUUUCAGGUUAUUUUUUGGGGGAGGAGUGGGGGUGGGCUGAGAAGAGCAACUUUUGCUGAUGGCAGCAUGGCCUCUCACAGCUCCACGGGGAGCUGUCCCAAUCUGGCAGGAGCUGCUCUUCUUGGGUAGCAGCAGCGAUUGCGAGGAGGAGGAAGAGGACAACGGCCAGAAAGACUGCUAGGAGGAGGAAUGUGGUGGCAGUGGUGGUAGCAGCUGCAAGCUGGGUAGGAACUUGAGCAUCCAUAAGUUUUGGUAUCUACAGGGGGGUUGUUCUGGAAUGGAUCCCCCACGGAUACCGAGGUCCCACUGUAAAAUAGUUCUUACACUUUUAGAUGUGUAGCUGAACACAUAAUUAUUACAUAAUGAAGAUACCUCCUAAAAUACAUAGUACAGUGUGCCCUUGGUUUACGCAGGGGAUUUGUUUCUGACUCCCCUGCAUAAAACAACGCCUAUGCUUGAACCCCAUUUAAAUGAAUGAAGCUCAUGCGCGCAUCAUAGGCACGCACCCCAUUUCUCCCUAUGGGACACACCACCCCUUCCUCCCCACACUGCUUUCAGGCUUCAGCGUAUGCUGAAAGCCGCGUAAAGCACACCCGCAUAUGAUGCAGGUGCACUGUAUAGGCAUGUAAUGAUGUAUAGACUCCAGAUUAACAAGUUAAAAACUAGAAUGACUAUGAUGGAAAUUAUAUUUCUUUAAUAAGACAAGUAAAGAUAAAAAACUAUAUGAGUAAGCCCUACAACAGCCAAAUCGAAUUUAUAAUAAUUAAGUAGGUGCGAUCUGCAAUGCGUAUUAAGGAUAGAAAGCCAGUAAUAGAGGAUAAGAUAAAUUUGCAGAUGAUGGAAAGGAAGUAAUGUAUGAAUGUAGUAGAAGUACAGAGAGUUUAAGAAAAUGAUUGAGGGUCUAAGUAACUGAAGUGAGAGUAAGAGAGCUGAAGAGUAAGUGAAGUAAACAGAGUGAUUGUGAAGAUUUGAAAAGAAAGGCAAAAGAGUAUAGAGAAGAGGAGGAGAGAGGAACAGAAGGGAAGGAGAGAGGGAAAAAGGAAAGCAUAUAAUUUUUUUUUUGAGGAAGAGAUAAUAGAGAAGGGAAGAAUGAACGGUAAUAAGUUGAUGGAAUUGAAAGGGGGAAAUAGCGGAAGGCCCUCAUUGCCAAAUAGGUUAAAGUGACAGAUUGCAUAGUUAAAGAUGAGUAUAUGAUGAAAUAAUAUGUUUAAGUAUGUGUAUUAUGAUGGAAAUUUAUUUUGUAAUGUAUGUUGUGGUGUUUUAUGACUCUUUGUAGUGAUUUUAAAAGAUUUAAUAAAAAUUCUAAAAAAAACA